AUGUCUUCGCUAUCUCGCCGUGCCUGCUACAAGUGUGGCAAUGUUGGUCACUACGCCGAGGUUUGCUCCUCUGCUGAGCGCCUCUGCUACAACUGCAAGCAGCCUGGCCACGAGUCUAACGGCUGCCCUCUUCCCCGGACCACUGAAGCCAAGCAGUGCUACCACUGCCAGGGCCUUGGCCAUGUCCAGGCUGACUGCCCGACUCUUCGUCUGAGCGGCGCCGGUUCCAACGGCCGCUGCUACAGCUGUGGCCAGCCGGGCCAUCUGGCUCGUGCCUGUCCCAACCCUAAUGGCGCCAACAUGGGACGCGGCGCCCCUGUUCCUCGUGGAGGCUACGGUGGCGGAUUUAGCGGUCGCGGCGGUUUCGCCGGCGGUGCUCGCCCUGCCACGUGCUACAAGUGCGGUGGACCCAACCACUUCGCUCGUGACUGCCAAGCACAGGCGAUGAAGUGUUACGCCUGUGGAAAGCUGGGUCACAUCUCACGCGACUGCACUGCCCCCAACGGAGGGCCACUGAACACUGUAGGCAAGACCUGCUACCAGUGCGGCGAGGCUGGACACAUCUCGCGACAGUGCCCGACCAAGGCCACCGCCAACGGUGACUCUAACAACGCCGCCCCCGCCCAUAACGAUGCCCCCAUGCCCGAUGCUGCCGCUGUUGCCCAGGCCCCUAUUGCUGCGCCUGUUGUUUAA